ACACUGAUUGACUUUAAUUGGUGAAGUUAGGUUAGGUUUCCGUUAUCAAAAUCGAAACUGAGCCAGCCUGCUCCCCAUAAGUGAUCAUAGGUUAAUCCACAACAUUAUAGUCACGACAAUCACGUUUUUUGGUUUUAAAUUUAAAUUGUUUGACUAUAUGGUGUAUACUCUAUUCACUUACUUUAAUAAUUUUUAAUAUAGAUUAAAUAUAUUGUGAAUUAUAAUGUCUUUCCAAAACCAAAACGCAAGAGGUAUUCAAAAUCGAAAGAUACUCGAAGACUUGGAACUAAAGAAACAGAUAUUAUUAAAAACUGGUGCUAUUCCAACUCCACCAACAGUUUCUCAUCCUACAACUCAGGGAACAUCUGAAUGUCACUUUCAACGUGCCCAAACAUUACAAUCUACAGGAUUCUUCAUCAACACAGAUUCAGCUUUUGGAAAUUCUCUUCUUCCUGUCCUACCUCGAUUUGAAAAAUAAUACUAAAUCAUGGCGGCAACAACUGAAGCUAAAGCGUCUAUACCAUAUACUUGAAGAUUUGAAAAUCCAAAAAUUAAACAAGAACAAUACACUACUCGUACAUCAACCAAUAUUGCUGCUUGUAAUUUACAUAUAGCUCAAUUUUUGUAUGGAGAUUACUAAUAAAUAAACUUCUAUAGAUGUAAAAGUCAA